AAAUCAUAAUGACACGCCAUUUUUCACGUAAGAACUAGUUGCACUAAAUUCGUGCCCAUGUUUUGGUAGACUGAUCCAGUUCCCCACAUCCCACACCUUUGUUCGCCUAUAAAUACCCCCCAAAAUUCGGCAUCCCAAAUUCAUAUCCUAGAUCUACAGUUAUAGAUUAAUUGUAUCCUGCAACUGAUGGUAAAGAACAUAUUAGUAAUUGUUGGUUCGUCUUGCUUAAGUUCAAGAAAACUCUGAAAUGGAAAACGUUGAAGCCAAGCACAUCCAUAACUCAACUCUUAAAACCCAUAAACUUUCCUUUAUGGCCCAAAUUUGCUUGAGGCUUUUGGCCACCGUAGCCACCCUCGCUGCAGCAUGGAUUAUCCUCACUAGCAAGCAAACUGUUGCGGUUUUUGGGAUGGUUGUUGAUGCACGUUAUAGCUACUCUCCAGCAUUCAAAUUCUUCGCGUAUGCCAAUGUCAUCGUGUGUGCAGUCUCGGCUUUAUCCUUGCUUCUUCUCCUCGUCAUUAGUUACAAAUCUCUGGUUGGAAUGAAGUUUUUCUACUUUUUCCUCCAUGAUUUGAUGGUGGUUACGCUACUGAUGGCCGGAUGUGCAGCAGCAACUGCAAUUGGAUACGUUGGACAACAUGGGAAUAGCCAUACUGGUUGGAUGCCAAUCUGUGACGACUUUGGCAAAUUCUGUAGAAAAGUUGCUAUAUCUGUGGCACUCUCCUACUUUGGUGUCAUGGUGUAUCUCCUCCUCACAAUCAUAUCAGCUGUGAAUUCUAGGUGGAUUCAAGUUUGAAGUUCUUAGUACUUGUAAUAGUUGAAGAAGAUAAUAUGUUUCGUGUGAUUUAUGUUUGCUGAUGUCCAGGAUCAAUGCUGUAGGAGUUGUGUACUUUCAGUUUGUUUGCCAGCAAAAUGCUUCUGUAUCUUUUGUCUCUCUUCUACUUAUGGGAACAAAAAUGUGAAGUCUUGUGGUGCAGAGAAUUGCUGACAGCCUA